AUGUCCUCCUCAAACAACUCCUCCCUCGACAUCUGGAUCGCCGGCGCCUUCGCAGCCUUCACCGUCGACCUCAUCGUCUACCCUCUCGACACGAUCAAAACCCGCCUCCAAUCACCCAACUACGCUCGGCUCUACACCAAUGGCGCUGAGAAAACCGUCAACCGCGCCUUGUUCCGGGGUGUCUAUCAAGGAGUUGGGAGUGUUAUUAUAGCCACGCUCCCUUCGUCUGGAGCUUUCUUUACGACGUAUGAAGGUGUCAAAGCAACGAUCGCAGAUUCCAAUCCGAAGGUUAAUGGCAAGGCGUUGCUGCCGCAGCCUUUGAUACAUGCGGCUGCUUCAGGGACGGCAGAGUUGGUUUCGUGUGCGAUUUUGACGCCCGCGGAGGUCAUUAAGCAGAAUGCGCAGAUGGUCGACAACUCCCGCAAUAAUGGGAAGCCGAGAGUAAACGCUACGCUGCAGACAAUGAGAAGAUUUCAGUCAAAUCCUCUGGCAUUGUGGCGAGGGUAUACAGCGCUCGCGGGGAGAAAUUUGCCGUUUACUGCGCUGCAGUUCCCGUUGUUUGAGAAGAUUAAAGAGGGAAUACGGCGGUAUCGGGACGAGAAGGGUAUACGGACGAACACUUUGCUGGAGAGUGGGUUGAUCACCGCCGCGAGCGCAGGGUCUGGUGGCAGUAUUGCUGCGGUUGUGACGACACCGGUGGAUGUCGUCAAGACGCGCAUCAUGCUUGCUGCCGCGGAAAGCGCGGCGGAGGACCAAAAGCCUGGGAAGGGAGGAGUGGUGGAUGCGACGGGCAGGACGGUGCAGGAGGCGAAGGAGGGUUUGAAGGAUGCGGUGCGGAAUGUGACGAAGCCGCCUAGUAGGAAAGGGAGUAUGCAGAUUGCACGGGAGAUUGUGGCGGAUGCGGGGGUGAAGGGUCUGUUUCGCGGUGGGUUGUUGAGAGGAGUGUGGACGAUGCUGGGGAGCGGACUGUAUUUGGGUGUGUAUGAGAGUGGGAGGAUCUAUUUGGCUAAUAGAAGGGGAGAUAAGGUGGAUGGUGACGAUGUGAUAUUAUAG